CAACAAUCCCACGCGUUGUCUAUCUUCAUGGUAGGAUAAUGAACUUGUCAUGGCCAAAAUCGUCCCGCCGCUCAAUUUUGGCCUCGUCGAAGAUGGCUUCUAUCGUUCAGCUCAACCCACCGAACUCAACUUCUCCUUUCUUGAGAAACUCAACUUGAAGACCGUCAUCUGGGUCGGGUCCGAGGAACCAACUGAGAUCUUGAGAUCUUUUCUCGAUGCGGGAGAUGUGGAGCUACACGAUCUCAGUCCUCAGAUAUCUUUGAAUCCUCAUUUCCCACCUGCGGCUACGGAUGGAGGCGUUGUGCCCGUUCCUGGACAUUAUCUACAACCUCCUCUCCCUCCCCCGGCCGAACCUCUCAUAAUCCGUGCUCUCACCCUCUUGCUCGACCCCAAAACCUUUCCUGUACUCGUAUGCUGCAACAUGGGGAGACAUCGGACUGGUACGGUGGUGGGAUGUUACCGCAAGCUACAACGGUGGGCCUUGAGCAGUAUUCUAGAGGAAUAUCGGCGGUAUGCGGGAGCGAAGGUCAGGGUGUUGAACGAGCAGUUUAUAGAGCUCUUUGACACAGAUUUGGUGUCCAUCACUUCCCCAGCCUUGUGACCUUUCUGUUGAGUUAGCCUGUCGAAGGAGAGUCCGUCACUCAAGUCCACUCUGCGUCAAUCAUGCACCACCAUCUACCCUAUUUUACUGAGAAGGACACGGUUAUCCGCGCCCUACAACACCUCUGACGAAAAAGACAAUGUUGUACAUCAUGCCAUGCAUUAUACUCAGAACGAC